CAAACUGAGUUGUCACAAACAACCAACUUGCCUUAUCUUUCUUCCAUGGCAGGGUACAGAGAAUCAUAAACCAUUAAAAUUAAAAGGAGUAUUCAUAUUUCAGUGUUACAAAUCUUGCUAUAUACUAGUAAAGUAUAGUCACAUACACUUUAACAUCGUUAUGGCAUGGUCAUAUUCAUCCUCCACUUCCUCAUCCAACAAUACUCCUCAAGAAAAACAUGAAGUGUUCAUAAGUUUUAGAAGUGAGGACACUCGAAACAAUUUCACAAGCCAUCUUAAUGGUGCUUUGAAAAGAUUAGAUAUAAGAACCUAUAUAGACAACAAUCUUAAUAGUGGUGAUGAAAUAUCAACUACUCUUGUUAGGGCUAUCGAAGAAGCCGAGCUCUCCGUUAUUGUUUUCUCUAAAAACUAUGCGGCGUCUAAAUUUUGUUUGGAUGAGCUUAUGAAAAUUCUUGAAUGUAAAAGGAUGAAAGGGAAAAUGGUAGUGCCUAUUUUCUAUGAUGUUGAUCCUACCGAUGUUAGGAACCAGAGAGGAAGCUAUGCUGAGGCUUUUGCUAAGCAUGAGAAGAAUUCUGAAGAGAAGAUUAAGGUGCAAGAAUGGAGGAAUGGUUUGAUGGAAGCUGCUAAUUACUCUGGUUGGGAUUGCAAUGUUAACAGGACAGAACUGGAAUUAGUUGAGGAAAUCGCUAUGGACGUUCUAAACAAGAUCAAUCGAGUAUAUGUUGGUGACCUAGAUCACCAAAUUGCUAAGUAUGAGGAACUUGCAAAGCUACAAUAUCAAUUCUUUGUAAGCACACUGAACACCGUUGAUUUGAACAAGCAUAACGCAACUGUUGCACGCAUCACAGAACUUAAAAUGGAGAGAAGUCUUCGUCUGCUUCGAUUGUCAUCUGAUAUGCUUUCAGAUUUAGAGAACUCAAACAAGGAUAAAAGAUACCCCUUUUAGAUUAAUGUACUAGAUUUAUGAGAAAUCAAUUGUGGUUUAUCAAUUUUAUGAAGUUUGAUUUUAAUCAGCAUAAUGAUGAAAUUUCUUAAUAAAGUGACUAUUUUGUGAAGUCUGAAGUGAACAAAAUCAA